AUGGAAAACGAAUCGAAAGAAGAACUGAAUAGAACAAUGAGAGCAGCAUUCGCACCCGUCAGGGAAGCUACGGACCAACUGACGGACCAAGAUCUUCGUGCACGUCUGUUGGACUCGACAGUUCUUCCAGCGCUCUGUUACGCAGCGGAUACGGGGACAGACACCGCUGCCACGUCUAGGAAGCUACUUACUACCCACAGAGCUCUUGAAAGAUGCCUUCUGAAGUUUAACCGGUGCACACAACACCUACCCGGCCUACGCAGCUCCGACUUAAGAGGAAUGUCCUGUCUUCACGAUCCAGCGGAAUAUAUAUCGAAAGCAAAGUAUAGAGAUGUUAAACGCCCUCGAGGGAGACCGUCAACGAGAUGGGGUGACGUGCUCGCUACACGGAUGGACCAGCUGAGAGCUCAGCUGGAUACGGCUCAAGGACCUCGUCAACGUGACUCACGAAACUUGAGAACAUCUUGGAUGACAAUGGCGAGGGAACAAAACGAGUGGAAGAGAUGCUGGAGCCCGCACGUCCAGUGA